UGGUGACAUGUCACUAUUCUCUCGGCUGACAUUCACAGGUAGCAUCUCUUUCCUCUGAGUCUUCCUCAUACCUCCAGUGUUUGUCAACUGGACAUCAGCGGGCGAACCAUGGCGGAAUAAUUGACGCAGAAAUCGUUUCGAACGAUGCUAAUUUCUGUUUAUUGGAAUUGAACGUAGAAAAUUAUUUUCGGUAGAAAAAUAACGUUAUGGGAAAAUAUUAAUGAUGACAAAUCUUUGAUUACUUGAAUGCGAUAUUUUGAUUUUCGUCCUUUAUAUAACAUUUUAUCAUUGCGUAGUGAAUAAAAGCAGAAUUUCGAUUUUAAACUGAAAAACACGUGUUCCCUUCGGUCGUUGUAUUCUUCUUGAACUCCAAUUCUUCAGACUUGAUAUAGAAUUUGCAUGCGUAGAGGUCAAACAUAUACCAUCAUCUUAUCUUUCUAAGUUCAUUGUAACUUGAUGUUUUCUCAUUUCUCUCCAGUUGGAUUUUACGAGGUUUCAUCUAUGCAGUUACUGUAGCUUCUUUAUAAAGACCUUAUUAAUUUCAAAAAUUUUGCUUAUGUAGUUGUACAUUUCCGUUAUCAAUAAUUUCUCGCUGAAUUCUUGAAUAUAGCUAGACAGAUAUUUAUUUCAACUGUCAAUGCAGACUGGAAAUGCUGAUUGAACAUUUUUACGCUCAGAGCAAUCGAUUCUUCAGAGACUUAUUAUGGAUGUUGUUGUCAAAGAAAACCUGAUGAACAGUCUAUUGAGAUGAAUGCUACGAAGAUGUCUUGAACAAUGCUAGACAGCAAGAAUUGCUACUUUCGUCGCUUCUGCAUCAUCAUCUAUAUGUUCUACAUAUUGCAUCCAAAUGCCAAUUUCAGAGCCAUGUCUUGGGUCAUUGCAGUGCGUGCAGCAGAUAUCUGCAACAAAAUUCCUGGCUUAACAAAUACUCAACGCCUGUUGUGUCAGACUAGACCGGAUAUUAUAGUUGCUAUAGGUGAAGGUACAAGACUCGGAGUAGCUGAGUGUCAGAGACAAUUUCGUAACCACAGGUGGAAUUGUACAGCUAUUGGAAGCAACCAAGUAUUUGGACAUGUGGUAGUUGUAGGUAGCAAAGAAGCAGCCUAUGUAUAUAGUGUCACUUCAGCUGGUGUGACGUUUGUGAUAACACAGUCUUGUAGUCGAGGGAACGUAAGCGACUGUGGCUGCGACAAGAGUCAGAAUGGCCUGAGAGCAAUGCAGCACAACGACUGGAAAUGGGGAGGUUGCAGUGUGGACGUCAAGUACGGCAUCCGGCUCUCCAGGAAAUUUAUUGAUGCCAGGGAGAUUGAAGGGGAUGCGCGAUCCCUCAUGAACUUGCAUAACAAUCAGGCUGGAAGAAAGGUCUGUGCAGUAAAACAUAACUUGAAAACUGAAUGCAAGUGCCAUGGCGUCUCAGGAUCAUGCACAAUGAAAACAUGUUGGAAAACCUUACCACCUUUCGGUCAAAUCGGAGAUUAUCUUAUGAAAGCAUACCGAGUAUCCAAGAAAGUAGUUCCACAUUGGGGUCCUGUAUCCAGUCGUACGCCUUUACACCUCAAACUAAGAAAAUCGAAGAGAAAAAAUCGCAAGCCUAGGCCUAGAGACUUGGUUUAUCUCGAAAGUUCUCCCAAUUACUGUGAAAGUGAUCCUACACGUGGAUCUUUAGGCACUGUUGGUCGAGAAUGUAAUCGAUCGUCAUCAGACAUAGAUGGUUGUGAUCUUUUGUGUUGUGGUCGUGGUUACAAUACUCAUCAAUAUAUAAGGACCUGGCAGUGCAAUUGCAAAUUCCAUUGGUGUUGUUACGUGAACUGUGACGUUUGCAAAGAAAGGACAGAAAACUACGUGUGUAAAUAGGAAGUAACAACUGCAUCAUUUGUUCUACAUUCCACUUGUCAAUGGAAUUUCUUGUGCCAAUUUCUAUGGUGAAUAGACAUCGUGAUAAAUUAAUUGAACAUACUGAAUUUCUGUUCGCCAUUUUCAACCCACCUCUCAACCCAGCCUAUAAAAGGUCAAUCUUUAUUGAUAUUUAUUACGUGGAAUUCUAUUUAUGAUAAGAAUCUAUUAUAAGAAAAUGAAAAUGACUUUUAGGGAAAAAAAAGGAUUCCAUAUUAUAUGAUGACCUAAUUUCAGCUUAUAAAAGUAUAUGUAUAUCGCUUUGUUAAUAAAUGUUGUGAAUGAAUAUUGUUUUAGAAUUUAUAUAGUUAUAUGCGUAAAUGGUCGCACUACUUUUCAGAUUUGUGAUUGUGCUGAUUUAAUUUCAGCUUCAGUGAUAAUAGCCUCAGAUUUUUUCUUCUUAACAUCAGUUUCUCUUAAAUCAUUUUGUGAACUUUUUUAUAACAAUCGACUUUACUACAUAAAAGAA